GUACCAGGGCAUUUGGGGGCAAAAGGGAGUGCAAACGCACUGUCAUACACUCUAUAUAUGCAUCUAUCUACACAAAUAUUCACGAUCAUCCGCAUAGCUAGUUUAGAUUUCUUUUUCACCAACUUCAAUCAUAAUCUUUAUCUUUAAAUACUGUUUUUCAUUAUUUUCCUCUCAGACCUUUUCUAUCAACAACAUGAAACAUAAACGUAGACAAAUUAGUACAGAAGAAUCAAACCAAUGUCAAUCUGAUAUCACAAAUGGUUUAUUAUCACCAUUGAAUGAGAUCAUUGAGAUCCCAUCUGAAACUCAAAUAGCAACAACAACAACCACGACACCGAUUGAACCAAUCAACACAAUACAUAGUUGUACUAAAAGAUAUAAACUAUUUUUCAGUAAAAUAUUAGAUUGUAAAUUAUUUCACAUGAUUAUUGUUGUAUUAUGCGCAUUAGAUGGAAUACUUGUGAUAUGUAUGCUUCUAUUGGAAAUUGAAUCAUUAAAAUUAAAGCCAUGCCCAUUACGUAAUCGUUUAAAUUUAAUUUCAUUUAUAUUUGAAUGUAUAAGUUAUAUGAUUAUAUCAUUAUUUCUAAUAGAGAUACCAAUUAAAUUAUGGACAUACGGUAUAAAAUUUUAUCAUUAUCAAUGGAUUGAAUUAUUAGAUGUAUUUGUAUGUAUUAUUAGUUUUACAGUAGAUACAUAUAAUAUACAUCGACAUGUUACAGAAUUUAAAACUUCUCAUGAUGAUUUUAAGUUAGCGGAAGAACAUUCCAUGGAUGAUGUUGAACAAUCAAUUCAUACAACAAUUGCUGAUGCUGCUGGUUUAUUAGUAUUAUUUCGUCUUUGGCGUGUUAUACGUAUUGUUAAUUCUAUUAUCGUUUCUGUUACUGCUACACAUGAAAGAAAUGUGAAAUCAUUAAAAGAAGCUCAAAAUAUUUCAUUGAAACGUAUUGGUGAAUUGGAACAAUUACUUCAAGAUAAUAAUAUACCAACACCUCCACUAACACCAAAGAUUCAAUCUAUAUUAGCAAAAAAAAUUUAAACCUUAAUUGCAUUUAUAUUAAAAUAUUUUAUCAGAAAUUGAUCAUCACGUUAAAUUGUCAUGAUUUUUCCGUAAAAUACUCUAUUUACACUACUUAUUAUUGUAAUUAAGUAGUUUAAAAUAUUUAUGUGAUAUUUUGCAUUGAACUUUUAUCUUUCAUCAUUUUAUUAUGUGUAGACUUUCAUAGCUCCAUUUUUGACAUCUUCAUAUACAAUUUUACUAGAAUUCCAGAUUUUUCCUCCUGAUCUCUUCAAAAAUAAUAUAAACAUCAAUCCAUACUGGUAAUAAUGUGUUAGUUUAAUAAUAAGACCUGUUAUAUUAUUAUAAAGAAUAAUUUAUUACAUCAUAUAAAUGUUUAAUGAUCAUUAUGGUAAUUUGUUAGAAUACAA